GAGCAGUACCACAAUGUGCUCAUGCCAAGCAUCUAUGGUGUCAUCUGUUUCUUUGGGAUCCUUGGAAACUGCAUUGUUAUCUACACCAUUGUGAAGAAGACCAAGUUCUGCUCCCAGCAAACAGUACCAGAUAUAUUUAUCUUCAGUUUGUCCAUUGCAGACCUCCUCUUUCUCCUUGGCAUGCCUUUCCUAAUUCACCAGCUUGUGGGCAAUGGCUCCUGGUGCUUUGGAGCCACCAUGUGCACAAUGCUGACAGCACUUGACUCCAACAGCCAGAUUGUCAGUACCUACAUCCUGACUGUGAUGACUCUGGAUCGCUACCUGGCCACUGUCCAUCCCAUCCGCUUCAAGCAUGUUCGGACCCCCUUCAUGGCAGGGGCAGCAGUAGCGCUGGUGUGGGUGUUCUCUCUGGUCUCUAUCACUCCUGUCUGGAUGUACACAGGACUCAUGCAUCUCAAGGAUGGAGCAGUUGGAUGUGCCCUUCUGCUGCCUAACCCAGCCACAGAUACAUACUGGUUCACCCUCUACCAAUUCUUCUUGGCCUUUGCUCUACCUUUGAUGGUCAUCUGCGGGGUCUUUUUCAAGAUUCUUCAAAACAUGUCAGCAACAGUGGCUCCACUGCCCCAGCGCAGCCUGAGGAUGCGCACACGGAAGGUGACCCGCAUGGCAGUGGCCAUAUGCCUGGCCUUCUUCAUUUGCUGGGCCCCUUACUACAUCUUACAGUUGGCCCACCUGGGAGUACAGCGACCUUCCUUUGCUUUCUUGUAUGCCUACAACAUUGCAAUCAGCAUGGGCUAUGCCAAUAGCUGCAUUAAUCCAUUUAUCUACAUUAUAUUAAGUGAAACAUUCAAGAGGCAGUUCAUUAUAGCCAUUCGGCCGUCCCACAAGGUCUUCAGAGUUGCCCCUGCUCUAGCUGAUGGCAGCAUGAGUCUGAGGAUGGCACCAGAAAGCUCUCAUCCAUCUCACUUGCAGUCAUCGAGGGAACUACUGCAAAACAUGCUGCCUGUCACUGUGGCUGUGCACUGA